AGUCUUUGGCAUAGGCCAGUGAGCAAAGAUUCAUUUGUAGUCUCACAUUAUUCACAGCUGAGACAAAAAAGGUUUCACACAGGAAGUAUUCUGAACAAAUUUUGGGUCACAUAUUCAUUCACCUCCCAUACGGCAGAUCACCCACAGGAGACACUUCUUGUUUGAGGACAAAAUGAAUAAAACCUCUUGCUCUAAAGUCACUUUUAACUUUGAACACAGAUUCCUGCCUCCUGUUUACAUCUUAGUAUUCAUCAUUGGUCUGGCAGCUAAUGGAUGGGGACUGAAGUCUCUGCACCACAACUGGAAGAAACUGGGUAACGUCAACGUGUUUGUUCUCAACCUCGGGCUUGCUGAUAUUUUGUACCUGCUCACGCUCCCAUUUUUGGUGGUUUACUACUUCAUGGGGAGCAAAUGGAUCUUUGGAGAAGCAUUUUGCAAGAUGACAAGAUUCUGCUUCAACCUGAAUUUAUAUGGCAGCAUUGGGUUCCUGACUUGUAUAAGUGUGUACAGGUACCUGGCCAUUGUCCACCCAAUGAGAGCGAUGGGAAGAAUAACUGUGACCCACUCUGUGACUGUCUCAGUCAUGGUUUGGCUGCUGGUGAGUGUUCAAAGUCUUCCAGACAUGUUCUUCACCAAAACAUAUAGAAACACCACUGGAAAAUGCUACGACACCACCCAUAAGAUGUAUGUGGAGGAUUACCUGAGGUACAGCUUUGGAUGGACACUCACUGGAUUUUGUAUCCCACUCCUCAUCAUACUGGGCUGCUACGGACACAUGAUUGUCGUUCUCUGCCGCACAAAUACCAUCGACAAGAUAUUAAGUCCUGGAUGACCCACAACUUUCUUCUAUUGGCCAGGUCAAACCUGACCAUUGUCCACCCAAUGAGAGCGAUGGGAAGAAUAACUGUGACCCACUCUGUGACUGUCUCAGUCAUGGUUUGGCUGCUGGUGAGUGUUCAAAGUCUUCCAGACAUGUUCUUCACCAAAACAUAUAGAAACACCACUGGAAAAUGCUACGACACCACCCAUAAGAUGUAUGUGGAGGAUUACCUGAGGUACAACUUAGGAUGGACAUUCACUGGAUUUUGUAUCCCACUCCUCAUCAUACUGGGCUGCUUGUGAAUGACAUUGUCAGUUCUUUCAGUAUUGUCUUCUUUGCCCGAAUACUAGUUUUACUGUACCAUGCAUGUUGUCUGUUGAUUUAAAAGAGGAAAUAGCAACCACACAAACAAAUAUACACUGUUGUCAGGAUGCUAUAAAUAUCAUAGAGUAUUUAUCGUCAUUGCAAUCUCAUAUCCUUUUCGGCACAAUCUAAAUUACCACAUGCAUUUUGACAGCACUGAGAGUACAGCAGUUCAACAGGACCCAGGUUCUGCAUGUCAUGAUGUAUUAAAGCGUAAUUCCAGUUCAUGUCAAUAAUCUUAAUUUGAAUAACCUGCAGGUUAAACCAUUUUACACCUGAUUGCUGCUUGUGAUUCUUGCUCAGUUGGACCUCUUGUUGAUUUCCUGUGACGUGACCACACCCACAUAAUGCAGGAAUCCACUUUCCAUCCACUUUCUUUGCAUCUCUAAAGGUUCAAAUAUGACGCAUUUAAUCUCUUUCAGUAAUCACGAAAAUCUCCAUGUUGAACAGAAAGCCUUACUUAAAGAGGCCUAAAUGUCUUAGACCAUUCAAAGUGCCUGCUAUGUCACACACUGACGUGAGAGUUUGAGGGUUAACUAGGUUGGCACAGAAAUUCAUCUGACCACAAA